AUGCUGCUCCUGGCCAUCUCCGCUCUCGCCUCCGUCACUGCUGCGCCGAGCACUGGCAUCGUCGUGCACGGCUUCCACUGCAACGCUCCGCGCUGGGAGGAGGUGGUGUGGGGCGACGAGGCGGCGCAGCGGCUCGGGCGGCUGCCGCACGCAGCGCUCCUCGCCUGGCAGGCACGGCACGAGCUGCAGGCCUUCAUCUGCGGCUCGGGUGCCUCGCAGACCGCAAGCGGCUCUGCUGAGGCGGACGCACUGAUCUCGCUGCUCUUUGAGCGGCUGCCUCUCGCCGACACCGAGUCGCUCAACACGCAGCAGGAGGUGCUCGCGGCGCUCGCGCGACUGUCGCGGCUGGGCGUGCAGCGGGCGCUGCUGGUCUCCUCGCCGACGCACAUGCCGCGCUGCCUCCGUGAUGCGAGCGUCGCGGCGGCGCGCCUGGGCUACGAGGGCACCGUUCUCGCCUCCCCCUGCGGCACGUCCUGGACCGAGGAGACAGCUGUCGUGGUCGAGCCGCCCCACAGGCCGGACGGAGGCGCCUCCGCGGCGCUCUUCGGCUUGGUUCGCCGCGCCGCUGCCCUCGCCUUCGGAACCACCGCGACCGAGAGCGGGAGGCGGCCGGCUGAGUUCCUCGCCGCGUUCGAGCGGCUGCUCGCAUCCUUUGAAAAUAGGAAAUCGAGUACUGUGUGA